AUGGGGGUGCGCGCCACCGCGACGGACGAGACCUUGCGGACGGCGCUGCACGUGGCGGCCACGCAUGGCGAGGAAGCGAUGGCCGUGCUCCUACUCGAGAAGAAUGCGCUGCUUUGUCGUUGCCGCGAUCACAAGGGAAAUCUACCGCUGCACAACGCAGCGGCCAACGGCCAUAUCGCUCUUCUCGACCACCUCGUGGCCCCUACCGCCGCUCGGACGAUUGACGAAGCGAAUGAUGACGGAUGGACGCCCGUCGCCCUCGCCGUUCAAAGUGGUCACACGAACGUCGUUGCGCGCUUGCUCCACCAUGGGGCCUCGCUCGAGCACAAGAGGCUCCAGGACGGCACGCUCCUGCAUGUGGCCACGUCGCGUCGCGUGGGCACCGAUCUUCUCAAGCACCUCGUCACGAGCGGCAGCAAGGUCGAGGCUUGCGACACGCGGGGCUGGACGCCGCUGCAUGUUGCAGCCCACGAGGGCCACAUCCAAGCUGUCGAGUACCUCGUGCGAGUCGGUGCCAACGUGGUGGCCGAAACCUUGGACCGUGAGACGCCCUUGCAAAUCGCAAACGACAAGAAAGUCGUCAAGGCCUUGCGCACGGCCCAAGCCGACGCGCGGAACCAAGCGAUCAAGGCCGAAGCCGACGCGCGGAACCGAGCGCUCGCGCGCGCACAGGAAGCCGCUGCCCAGGCAAAAGCGUUGUGCGAUGCCGUUCCCAAAAAUGAUGUCGGUGCGGUCACGGACCUGCUUGCUGCUGGCGUCGACCCGAGUGGGCUCACCGUGGAGGGUGUGGCGCUGCCUGUCGUGGCCAUGCGUCUCGGUCACUGGGAAAUCUGCGACCGGUUGCUGGCCGUCUCGGUUGUCACGAGCGAUGCGGCCCGCGUACGCAUGCUGCACUCGCUCGCGCUCGAGCUGGAGCAAUUUGAGGCGGCGUGGCACAUUCUGCAAGCCUACGCUGACGUCCUCGCGUGCGACAAGCACGUCUUGGCUGAAGACGAUACCCCGGUGCAUGAUCUGCAGGCCAUGUGGACUGGCGCCGCGCUGCGCACGGCCGCUCGCAAGGGCCAAAUCGACGUUGCCAAACGUCUUCUCUCGCAGUUUCAAGGCAUUGUUGAUGCGACCAACGAGCGUGGCGAGACGCCGCUGUAUGUGGCGAUCGACCCGACCAACGAGUCUAGUGACGUGGCUGCGCGCACUGCGAUGGCAACACUGCUACUGGGCGACGGCGCGAACCCUCUGGCUAUCACUACGGCGGGUGUGACGCCCUUGCUCUUGGCGGCUCGCAGUGGCAACUCGGAUAUCACUGCAGGGAUCGUCAAAGCAGUGCUCGCACAGCCAUCGCCCGACAUGGCGGCGCUCAGCACUUGCUUCGCCGAGGCCGUUGGGCAGCGGGACAUGCGAGUUGCGACUGUGCUUUUGCCUCAUAUGACGACCGACGAUUGGACAUCGACACUCGCAUCGGAUCCCAUAGGCAUGGCGAUCCUCGCAGCAACCGCCGGCCAUCUGGGCAUACUCGAACACUUGCAAGAAAAACACUACGAUCUCUUCUGGGUCGCUCAUGGGGCGGAGGGUUCGACGUUGCUCAUGCUGGCGGCCGCAAAAGGCCACGCGAAACUCGUCGACCACCUCGUCCCCUUGCUGCUACCAUCAUUCGAGCCGAUCGACAAGGCACGGGACGCGCUGCAAGCUCGUGAAAAGGAGCUCGAGGCGGCCAGAGACCAUGUGUGUCUGCGCAACACGGCUGGACAAACAGCCAAAGAUUUGGCGACCGGCGCUGUCUUGACAGAGUUUUUGGAGAACAUUGCAGCGGAGCUCGAGCUUGUUCGACAACUCAUUCAGGAAGCACGGCUCGUCGAAGCUGUCGACGCCCACGACUGGCUGCUUGUCAUGACGCUGCUGAACCAAGGGGUUGCUGUCACGGAUGCCUGUGUCGUGGAGACGAUAUGGCGUGCGGCUGUCGGCGCAAACGACAAGGAAUUGAUCACGACGCUCUUUCGCGCAACGGGCAUUGACGCGUCGCUGCGUAAAGAGGCUGGUCGAGCGGCACUGAAAGAGACGAUGAACAAAGAAACACACAACUGGACAAUGGUGUCGAGCAUCCUGCAGGCCUUUGCCGCGACCAACGGCGGGGUCGCCCCCGAGGCGCUUUUGCCAUGGCACAUUGCCGCCGAGUGCGCGUCGUCCGCAGUGCUCGGUAUGAUGUUUUUUCCGCUGGGCCACUGCAUCAACAGCACGGACGCGGACGGCUUGACGCCCGUGGCCGUUGCGAUCCAAACCAACCGACGAGACGCUGUUGACAUGCUUGUCAGCUGCGACGCCGACAUCUCCAUUGCACCGCCGAAUAUCGACCCGCCACUGCACAUGGCGCUGUUGCUACCCGACAGCUCAGACAUUCUACGCAUGGUGCUGAGCGACGACGUCAACGGGCUGGACGUCGAGCAGCGCAACACGGCCAACUAUACGGCGCUCAUGCGUGCGGUCGUCGAUGGCCGUGAGGAAGCAGUCGAGCUACUGCUUGAAGCAGACGCCAACGUCAUGCUAUCGCUACCGGACAAUGGACCGACGAUCUUGGCGGCCGCAGCGCAACGCCCGAACCGAGCGAUUACGACAUUAAUGGACGACAAGGUCUAUGAGGUCCUCAGCAAGGAAUUGCCUGCGGACAUUGUCUUUGAUGACCUGCAACUGGGCGAGAGUCUUGGUGUUGGUACGUAUGGUACGGUCUACCGCGCCACGUGCAAGCAGAGAUAUGUUGCAGUCAAGACGUGCAACUCGACCCGUCGGUGCGACAUCACGACCUUUCGCGAAGAGAUCGAAAUCACACGCCAACUGCGCUCGCCGUACCUCGUGCGGCUGCUGACGGCGGUCGACGAUGCGAAUGGCAAGCCGCACAUGGUGCUCGAGCUCAUGGACGCUGGCGAUCUGUGCAAAUACAUCGAGAACAAGCGCCUCGGGACAUUUGUGACGAAGGAUUUCCCUGUCGUGCAAGUGGCGUGGGCAGUUGCCAACGCACUGGCCGAUAUCCACGCCGCCGAGUGCAUCCACCGCGACGUCAAGAGCAAAAACGUCUUCCUCUGCACGACGAACGGCGUCAAGCUCGGCGACUUUGGCACGCUCCGAUCCGUUGAUGAGACGAUGACCAACAACGUCGGGACGCCGCAGACGAUGGCGCCCGAAGUCACGCGUCAGGGUGUCGAAGAAGUAUGCGCGUAUGAUACGUCGGCAGACAUGUACUCGUUUGGCGUCGUCUUGGCCGAGCUCUCGUGGAUCCGCACACCGUACGACAACAACCUACACGGUACCAAGGACCCGGAGGGAAGUGGGAACGUCUCCCCAACCAUCCAGCCCCACUGCGCCAUGUGGUUUAAGACGCUGGCCUCUCAGUGCUUGGCGGUGGACCCGGCGGAGCGCCCGUCUGCAGCCCACGUCGUUGAGAUGCUGGCCAGCCAUCUCGAGGACGACGACGAUCAUGUCGCGCCCACGCCACCGCCCGAGCCGACGCCGUAGCGAGGCCUUGUAUAGGAUUCGUCAAGGCAGAAAGAUGCAGUUGUUUCCU